AUGGACCUUCUUGUUUGUGGCUCUGGUCAUCACUGCAUUGCAUCCAACCGGAAGACGCACGGCAAACGAGCACCUGCAACCAAGAUCCAGCUUACCACACAAGCGAUCUCCCAGCGCAAAGCUCGUGUGCGUACCCGUCGCCCCGCCGAGGUUGCCUCCCGUCACAGCGGUGCAGGACUGGGGCUGCGUCAAGUAACACAAAAGCUGCGGCAGAGCUCCACGAGAGCCGCGAGAAACGCGCCCAGCUGGAUUAAGGACCUCAACUUCAGCAUGGACGUUGCGCUCGAAGCUAACGAUGCAACCUUUUCUUCCUCGAAACCUUGGCCGGUGAAGGACGUGGUGUAUGUUGCCAUUGUGGGAGGCGUCUUUCUGGCAGCCUUGGUCGAAUGGUUCCUUUGGUUGAUCGCGUUCCUCUAUUGCCUGGUCAAGGUCUUCGUCAAGGCCGAUGGCAAAACGAAGUGGUCAAUCAGGAUCUUAUCUGCGGUGCUCAUGGUCUUCUUUACCUGCAUGCGACUCGUCUUUCUGCCGAUCAUGGUUGUCACUCUUCCUCUGCCCUCGCAAGUCGUUCAAUACUUUCCAAGGGAGAUGGUCAGCAUUCUCCAAUGGUUUGCCUUCUGGUCUUUCGCUGGCCUUCUCACAGUGCCUUGGCUGUUCUGUGUAUAUCAGCUGGUCACACACAACGUCGGCAGAGAGCGAAGAAUCAAGACGGUGCUGGACGAGCACUCGGCUCCCAAGGUGGUCAUUGUGAUGCCGUGCUAUGCCGAGAAACCAGAGGUCCUGCUACGUACUGUGGACUCGAUUGUGGACUGCGAGUAUCCCCCUUCAUGUAUGCAUAUCUUUCUAUCGUUCGACGGCGACAAGGAGAAUGAGCUAUUCUUGAAGACGAUCGACUGCCUAGGUGUCCCGAUAACCCUAGAGCAUUACCCAAAGAGCAUCGAUGUCAAAUACCGGCACUGCAGAAUCACCGUCUCAAGGUUUCCCCAUGGCGGCAAACGCAGCUGCCAGAAGAGAACAUACAGGCUCAUCGAUAAGGUGUACGAGAACUAUCUGCGACGGAACGACAACCUGUUUAUGCUUUUCAUCGACAGCGACUGUAUCCUGGACAAAUACUGUGUACAAAACUUCAUGUACGAAAUGAAUCUCAAGCCUGGGAGCAAGCACAACAUGCUCGCCAUGACCGGAGUCAUUACCUCCACAACCAAGAGAAACUCGUUGAUUACGGUGCUCCAGGACAUGGAAUACAUCCACGGACAGCUCUUCGAACGAUCCGUGGAAAGCGGGUGCGGAGCGGUCACCUGCCUUCCAGGUGCACUCACGAUCCUGCGCUUCUCUGCAUUCCGGCAAAUGGCAAAAUACUACUUCGCCGAAAAGGCUGAACAGUGUGAUGAUAUGUUUGACUACGGUAAGAUGCAUCUCGGAGAAGAUCGAUGGCUCACGCAUCUUUUCAUGAUUGGUGCAACAGAGCGAUAUCAGAUUCAGAUGAAUACAAGCGCCUUCUGCAAAACAGAAGCAGUCGAGACUUACAAAAGCUUGUUGAAGCAGCGGCGAAGGUGGUUUCUGGGAUUCAUCACCAACGAAGCAUGUAUGCUGACCGACCUCCGCCUGUGGAAGCGUUAUCCUCUACUGCUUUUGAUCCGGCUGGCUCAAAACACCAUCCGCACGACAGCCCUGCUGUUCUUCAUCAUGGUCAUCUCCAUCAUCAGCACGUCUCAAAAGAUAUCAAACUUGCCAGUCGGCUUCAUCGCCGUCUCGUUAGGUCUGAAUUGGGUGCUGAUGCUGUAUUUUGGUGCCAAGCUGGGCAGAUACAAGAUUAUGCUAUACCCACUCAUGUUCGUGGUGAAUCCAUUCUUCAAUUGGCUCUAUAUGGUCUAUGGCAUCUGCACCGCGUAUGAACGAACAUGGGGAGGACCACGAGCAGACGCUCUGCAGGCGGAUGAACAGACGACUCCAUCCCAAGCGGUCGCCAACGCACUUGCCAGCGGAGACGAGCUCAACAUCAAGCCCGAAACUUUCCGACCCAAAGCAGAGAGCCGGCCACCGUUGAUGCCUUCAGAGUCCCUAGAUGGACGCUUUGCACCUGCUGAGCAAAUGCCUGGCGGCUUCUAUAGACAGGGCAACAACCACAACGCCACCGCUCUACGCUCUGAUAUGACUCCGCGAGAGCAAGAAGCAGUUUCAUCCAGCGACAGGCGUCGGGAUCAGUCACAGGACUCCUACUCAUCUGAAUGGAGUUCACGAGACUCACGAUACUCGGUUCCGAUGCCACGGCGCGUGGAAAGCAUUGUGGGACCUGAGAUCACGGCCGCGUAUCACGCUCGACAAGCGACGCAACGACCAGCGGGCGGGGCUUUCUUUGAGACGGGACAGUUCGAGACAGAAGCAGAGGUGCGGCGCGAGCUGGAAAAGCCAUCUUCCAGCAUGGGAGAAGCGCGUCGUACAGCCAAUCGGCCACAUUCUGUGGAGAGUACCAGAUCUGAUAUGUCGGAACAUUCGGUAGACAUGCACUUUGCACCGGUGCAGCGCCGAACACCUCCACCUCCCGUGCCAAGUUCGGCGCCAAACCCACCACAACCGGGGGUGAAAGCUCCCACGCGCGCCGAGGAAGCUUCGUCUCGUCGCAGCCACUCUCCAGUUGGUUUAGCAGUGCCAGCGUCGGCACAUCCAUCACGGACGGGCCGAUCAGGCAGUGUGACACGAAUCGGGAAAAGUCCUCUGACGCGCAAGAGCUAUACUCGGCUGGCAACGGACGAUGCGGGAUCUACGGCUGGGUCUGCUACCGAUGUUGUGGUGACAGUGCCUACUCGAUCGUCGUUUGAUGAGGAAUGGUCCAGAAGAGGACGACGACGCAGGAGCAGCAUUGGCGUUGAUGGCCGGCGACGGCUUAGCAAGCAGCCUCGAGAGAGUCGAUCGUCGAGUAGAGCUUGAGACCCGCGGGAGUUGGGUUUGUUUAUAAAGGUGGGUGGGCACAGAGGAAUCGGAGGGAGGGAGGGAGACGGAGACUUUGCUGCACUCGUCACUAACCUGAG